AUGGAGGCGGCGGGCGCGCUGUGCUGGGCGGCGGCCAUCCUAGCGCCGGGCAUCUUCUGGGUUUGGCACUUGUUGGGACGAAUGAAGCUUCAGGUGCAGGCUGGCCUGCCGGGAAGAGGAGGCCGGGCCCUCCUGGUGAUCGCGCACCCCGACGACGAAGCCAUGUUCUUUGCCCCGACUCUGCUGGGCCUGGCCCGCCUGGGGCGCCGGCUGUUCCUGCUCUGCUUCUCCGCAGGGAAUUACUACAAUCAAGGGGAGAUUCGUAAGAAAGAACUUUUACAGAGCUGUGAUGUGUUGGGGAUUCCACCCACCAAUGUAAUGAUUAUUGACAGCAGGGACUUCCCAGAUGACCCGGCUGUGCAGUGGGACACGGAGCGUGUGGCCAGCGUCCUCCUCCAGCACAUGGAAGCGAAUGACAUCAACCUGGUGGUGACUUUCGAUGCCGGGGGAGUAAGCGGGCACCGCAAUCACGUGGCUCUGCACGCGGCUGUGAGAGGGCCAUGUCUUGCCACCGCAGCCAGCUCCUGUGGUUCCGCCGGCUCUACGUGCUCUUCUCCCGGUACCUGA